CACAUUUGCACCGUCCAAAGCUACUACUUAACUGGGGACCGAAAUGCGCCUACAAACUUUAUAGGGGAAGUUACUCCACCUUAUGGUCCCCUCAUUCUGCGAAUUCUGAUGUUGACCCUCUAGGCGGAUCAAUUCUCUGAAAGAGCCUCUCACCUCUUUACAAAGACUAUCCCAGCAAUCUGUGUCCACGCAUCCAAGAGUUCGAACCCAAUUAUAGAGCACUGCCUCUCUACCUUCAAUAUGCCACGAUAUGCUCCUCCAUUGGAAGCAAGCCUGUACGAUGAUGAUUGUCGAGAUCAUGAUGAUGAUUGUAUAUUUCCGGCGUUCCCUGCGCCGUCUGAGAAAAAAUGGGUUCAAACUACAACAACAGGAACUCUAUGGUUCGCAAUCGUGACGUUUAGCUCCUACCUUACAGUCGCCAUUGUGGUCACCGUUUUGUUUGCUGUGAACACAGACAACAAAGGUGUGCAUCAAGGAACCGCAGACUACGCUCUGUAUAAGAAUACCAUGUUCAAAGAUUGCUAUAACAAGCCCACAAUUGACAAAGCAAACAACUGCACUGUCAUUGAAUCCAUCUUGAGAACGGGUGAAGUGACGUCACAAGGUUUUGGAUAUAUGGCUAAGUUGGAUUUGAACGAUGGGGCGCCACCGGAUCAUCAGAUUUCCUACAGCUGGUGCCAAGCAGUGGGUUGCUUCAACGAUUACAAAGUCGUCCCAAGCGAACCGCGUUCUACGGCAUUUUGGGCGACCAGCAUUAGAGCGUAUACCAAGGUUUCUAUGAUCUUGCUCGCGGCGUUGUGGCAGUUCAAGAAGCUGCACAAUGCCCUUUACACCAGCGAGACGGAGCCGUGCAAGAUGAUUGAAUGGGAUGUUUGGAUCAUCCAGUUUUGGGAGCUGGUAUCAGUGGGGUGGUGGUGGUACGACUUUGGGCGACACGUCUCCGAUCGAUCAACAUACCCAGCACCUGGGAUGCUUAGCUGGGUACCGCUUUGGAAGUAUGGCUAUUUGCUGAACUUUCAUCCUUACUCGUGCGCCCUCAGACAUAGCCCCCGAGCAGCAUUGGCGGGCAAGUGGCUAAUGAACAUGUUGGCAUUCGUGCAGUGGGUGAUUUCGCUGUACAUUUGGAAUGCCAGCAUAGAUGUCUACUCCGCGUAUCCCACAUACGACUGUCUCACCUCACAGAUAAGAUCUGCACCAGGAAGCUCGACGUGUUCCGUGAAGCAAAUAUGUGCCCGAGAUCUCCUUUUUCGCUCUUACGACUUUAGCUUCUCUAACGAGAUUGUGGAUAUCACCGAUCCCAAGGCUGCGAUGUAUGUAGCUUUCAUCAUGUUGAGCCUUGGGGCCGUUAUGAGAUUCUUCUUGAUUGGCGUGUUGCCGGUGAUCCAGUAUCUGAUUGGAAAAGGAUCUCUUCAAGAACUGAAGGCCAAGUGUUACAAGCAUGAUAUAGGAUAUGCUGGAAGUCUUGCAUUUGCAUCGUUUGCAUGUAUCAUUGUUGGAGGAAUGGCCACUGCUGGCGCGAUAAUCGCCUUCCGACAUGGUCGUGAGAGUUCUUUUGCCAUUGACUGGACCUGCAAAACGGUGCAUAUCAAUCUGAGCGCUUGGCGAUAUUACUUCGAUGCGGAGUAUGAGCUACCAUUACGUUUGACGAAGAUGUGGUUCAACAUUUGA